GUUGGUAGGUAACAAAUUUCAGAGUGGCGUCGUGUUUUUUUAUGAUAAAUAAAACUCAAAAAUCAAACCAGAUUUCGAGAACACGCGUCACUCAGCACCAGUCCGGCAAGGGCAAAGGAAAUUAGUAAAGAUGAUAGACUUUGCGCGCGUGCAGAAGGAGCUGGUGGAAUGCAGCAAGGACUCAGAGGGAUCGGGCAUCAAAGUGAGUCAGAAAAGUGACGAUCUUGUUCAGUUAAUGGGCACCAUUCCGGGUCCUGUUGGAACUCCCUACGAUGGAGGCACUUUUCAGAUUGAUAUCACAUUGCCAGAGGGAUACCCGUUUGAACCCCCCAAGAUGCAGUUCAAGACCAAAGUUUGGCACCCUAAUAUCAGCAGCCAAAGUGGAGCUAUUUGCCUGGACAUCUUGAAAGACCAGUGGAGCCCGGCACUCACUCUGAAGACUGCACUUCUUUCGGUGCAAGCACUUCUCUCUGCCCCUCAGCCCGAUGAUCCUCAAGAUGCUGUGGUAGCGAAGCAAUAUCUUGAAAACUAUCAGACAUUUGUUAGCACUGCCCGCUACUGGACUGAAAGUUUUGCCAAGGCAUCAACACGUGGGAUUGAAGACAGGGUACAGAAAUUUGUUGAGAUGGGAUUUCCAGAAGCUCAAGUAAGGAACAUUCUGGAAGCUGUUGGUGGUGAUGAAAACUUGGCUCUGGAAAGGUUGCUGCAGCACCAAGUUUGAAGUAUCUUCUGAAGCGUUCUGUCAUGGUCAAAUUUAGGAUGAGAUGUGGCCAUAAGAUGAUGGAACCAUAUAGACAAAAAAGGUUCAUUAAAUAUAGAGUCGUAUAAAUCUAUACUUGACGUAUCGUAUAGUCCUUUUGUUUAACUUUUGACUUCUUUUUUCCUUGGAAACUUCGGUUCUCCACUAUUUCUGAUGAUUAUAUCAGUAGUGAAAUUACAUGCCUUGUUGGCUAGCUUUCUGCUUCA